CGGUCGCCGCCGCGUCUGCGCAGGGGGAGUUGGUUUCCGCUGCGCCCCCCUGGAAUUGUGGGAGUUGUGUCUGUCCCUCGGCUGUCUGGGGCAAGCCGAAGGUAGGGGCGGUGAGAUUGCAGCUGGGCGAGGGGUUGUUCUUCACGUCAGCGGCUCCGGCGGCUUCCCGCACACCCCCCGACCCACGUUCAGGGCAAUCCUGGCCUCUCGAGCCGAGGGACGCUGUCCCUUCUCUCCCACUCUAAACGUUCCCAGGAACCUCUCUCAGGAGCCCGGAGACGAGGCCGCGGCGUCUGACUGACUUUUGUCUCCGCGUGUGGCACGUUCGUUUCCUUCUCCCGGGCUCUGCAGCAGCUGUCCAACCCCUCCCGUGCUCACAGUUUGCUUCGGGCCCGAGACCUCUUGUGGUUUCUUCUCCCAACAUAUGGAAUCGCAUCCUAAGCCCGUGGCACUUGCACUUCUGUCUCUGGUUUCCUUGGCCCUGCUAGACGGAUGACUGGCCUCUCAAGUAAAGGUUCCAGGCGUUGGUGUGUCUCGGAUCAUCUCGGGAGGUUGUGUCCGUCCCUGGCGAGCUCAGAUCAAGGCACGGGCGCCUGCACUUCUCCCCGGCUGGUUCCAAAUAAGGGUGAUCCUGAGAUCUUCGCCUGCCUCUAACCAUGCCUUCCUGGGGCCUUCCCCCAUCUAGGAUGGCUCCUCUGGGUCUGCUGCUGGGUUUGCUCAUGGCCUCCUGCUUUACCUUUUGCCUCAGUCAUCAGAACGUGGGGUUUGCGCUGACCAACCCAGAGAAGAGUGUCACUGAAGAAUCAGAGAAAAAGGAUACGAAAGCGGAGGUGGAGCUGGAGCCCGAGGUCCUGGAGGUGUUUCACCCAACCCAUGAGUGGCAGGUCCUUCAGCCAGGUCAGGCCGUUCCUGCAGGGUGCCACGUGCGAAUGAAUCUCCAGACUGGGGCAAGAGAAGCAAAACUUCUAGAUGAGGACACACUCCAAAGUAAUUUGAAAGUGUCAAGAAAAGGCAAAAGGUUGGACAUUAACACCAACACCUAUACAUCUCAGGACCUCAAGAGUGCACUUGCAAGAUUCAAGGAGGGGACACAGAUAGGGAGUUCAAAGGAAGACAAGGCGAGGCAGGCUGAGGUCAAACAGCUCUUCCGCCCCAUCGAGGAGCUGAAGAAGGACUUUGCUGAGCUGAAUGUUGUCAUUGAGACUGACAUGCAGAUCAUGGUACGACUGAUCAACAAGUUUAAUAGUUCCAGCUCCACCCUGGAAGAGAAGGUUGCUGCACUAUUUGACCUCGAAUAUUAUGUCCAUCAGAUGGAUAAUGCACAGGACCUGCUUUCCUUCGGUGGUCUUCAAGUGGUGAUCAAUGGGCUGAACAGCACAGAGCCUCUGGUAAAGGAGUAUGCUGCCUUUGUGCUGGGGGCGGCCUUCUCCAGCAACCCCAAAGUCCAGGUGGAGGCCAUCGAGGGGGGCGCCCUGCAGAAGCUGCUGGUCAUCCUGGCCACGGACCAGCCUCUCACCGCCAAGAAGAAGGUGCUGUUCGCUCUGUGCUCGCUGCUGCGGCACUUCCCCUACGCGCAGCAGCAGUUCCUGAAGCUCGGCGGCCUGCAGGUGCUGCGGGGCCUGGUGCAGGAGAAGGGCUCCGACAUGCUGGCCGUGCGCGUGGUCACGCUGCUCUACGACCUGGUCACCGAGAAGAUGUUUGCAGAGGAGGAGGCUGAGCUGACCCCCGACACGUCCCCCGAGAAGCUGCAGCAGUACCGGCAGGUGCACCUCCUGCCCAGCCUGCAGGAGCAGGGCUGGUGCGAGAUCACGGCCCACCUGCUGGCCCUGCCCGAGCACGACGCCCGCGAGAAGGUGCUGCAAACGCUGGGUGCCCUCCUGCCCACCUGCCGGGACCGCUACAAGCAGGAUCCCGAGCUUGGCAGGACACUGGCCAGUCUGCAGGCCGAGUACCAGGCGCUGGCCGCCCUGGAGCUGCAGGAAGGCGAGGACGAGGGCUACUUCCGGGAGCUGCUGGGCGCCAUCAGCAAUUUGCUGGCGGAGCUGAGAUGAGGAGGCCCCAGAGCCGCGACGUGACUGAGUGUGGCCAGUGGGUGAGGGGCGCCAGCCUGGGCCUGUUGGGGGCCGUGGACAGGAGGGAGGUCUGUGGACAUCACCCAGGUGAUGGUGGCUUGGCAUUAAAUGGGACAUCGAGGCCACUGUCUGUCUGCUGUGUGUGUCCAUGGUG